UAUAAAAUCCUUUCAAAGUUUGACGUCAUUAAUACCUACAGAAACGCAUAUUUCAAUAAAAGAUUAUUAAAACACCAAAAAAACAAAUUUCCGAAUAAAACUCCAAAAUAAUGAAGUUAACUUUAAGUCGUUAUCGUAUAUUAUUAUCUUUGCAGUUUACUUUACUCUUGGCCGAUUUAUUUUUUAAUACAUUUUCUCAUCUUUUAUUGACACCAAAACUGCAAUUGACCAUAUUGUUGUUUGUGACACAGGAUUUAUUUAUAAUAUGUGAAUAUUUGUUUUUUACUUUUGCUGUACAUGCCACCUGUGUUUAUGAGGUUGGAGCAACUCAUGUUAUCUUAAGGAAUUGUAAAUUUUUCCUUUUCACCAUACUUUUGUAUUUCCUGUUAUCGGUUUCACAGCAUUUCUGGUUUGUUUACAAUGUUUUGUGGUACCCAAUGGCCAAUUGGCCCACAACUCUUAAGGCUUUGUCGUUUGUACAAAGAACCGUUUCUUUUUUCUAUUAUUACUCAUAUAAACGCACCGCUUUAACUUUAUCUGAUCCUCGAUUUUAUGAAGAGAAUAUCGAUUGGAUAGCUGAGCAAUUAAGUAAUAAGUAAAUGUAAUUUGUAAAUAUGUAUGUACAUAUGUAUGCUUAGAAGGAGUGUGUAUGUAUAUUUCAAUUUAAAUUUUUUUAAAUCAAAACACUUUCUUAAAUAUUGAAAAAUACUCUUAUUAAUGUGAUUAAAAU